AACUCAAAUUGUCUGCUACGAAAAAAAUAUUGUCAAUGACAACUUUGGUUUAGUUUUCUUUUAAGUAAAGGGCAAUACGUAAAGAUUAAACGAAAUAGUAGUUUUUCUAAAUACCUCAUCGAAAAAUAAUGAGUUUAUCUAGAGGUAUUUGUUUGUUUAAGAGUAUAAAAAGUAUAACAAAAAGUAAUCAGCAAAUAAUAAGAAAUGCUUCUCACGGACCAUGGAACUAUCGAAGAAGUGGCAUCGAAAGGGUUCCUCCAAACAUGAAACUCGCUGGUGAUAUGUUAAUGGGCUUUGCAGUGUGGUGGAUUCUUUGGCACGUUUGGCAUGAACCAGGACACAUUGUGGGAGAAUUCGAGUAUCCAGACCCUUCAAAAUGGACCGAUGCCGAGCUUGGAAUUCCUCCUGAUGAUGAAGAUUAAGCAGAGUUAAGAUUUAGUACUUGAUUUGUAAUUUUAAAUUAUGAAAUAGUUCAUGAAAGAAAUAAAGUCAUCUGUUGUUUUUUUUUUUGUUAUUAUAUUUGUUUUAUAUCAAAAGUUAUAUCAAUACAAGUUUACUAGAAAACUCAUUUUCAAAUAAUUGGAAACAUUUGUUUUAAUAAUAAAAUUUGUAAAGUUUA